CGCCGACACUCUUUCUAACGACAUGCAAAAUGUAACCCUCAAAAAAAAUUUAUAAAGUCGAGCACCGUAAAGUCACUAUGGGAAAUCCGCCAAAAGCUCUCCUCUUUGACAUCGGCGGGGUGUGCGUUAUUUCCCCGUUCCAAGCCAUUCUAGACUACGAGCUUGCAAACGAUAUUCCACCGGGCUAUAUAAACCACACAAUCAGCGCGACUGCGCCGAACGGAGCCUGGCAACAAAUCGAGCGCGGCGAAGUACCCCUUGAUGAUGCUUGGUUUGCCCACUUCAAGUCGGAUCUCCAAGACCGCAAGCGAUGGGAAUGGUAUUGGGGCAAAAUUCUGUCCGACCCCAAGAAGGCGAAUUUAAUUCCAGAAAAGCAUAAGGCCGCCAUCAAGGCAGGGAAAAUCCCAGAGAUGCCGGAUAUCGACGCGAAGACUAUGUUUUGGAACAUGAUGCGCAACGCGCGAAGUCCGGAUCCGUACAUGUAUCCUGCCUUGAAGAAGCUAAAGGCGUCAGGACGAUUUAUUAUGGCAGCACUGAGCAACAACACCAUUUUCCCAGAGGGCAUUGUGGAUGAGACGGGCAAGGAGUUUGUCAAUGGCAUCCCCCACGACGAAAUCGCAGAGGUUAGCAAGAAAGCCGGGCAUGCGCAUGUCCUGCCCAGCAACGGGGAGCGACUCGAAAACUUGCAUGAUAACUUCGAUAUCUUCAUGGGAAGCGCGCAGAUUGGUAUGCGCAAGCCUGAGCCACGAAUCUAUGAAUACGCAAUCAAGGAGAUCCAAAAGAUUGGUCGCGCGAGAGGGAUCGAUAUCAAGCCCAGCGACAUUAUAUUCCUGGAUGACAUAGGAAGCAAUCUUAAGGGAGCGAAACUAGCGGGCAUGGGCACAAUUAAGGUUAACUUAGGCAGGACGAAAGAAGCUGUUAAGGAGCUGCAGGAGCGCGUAGGCAUGCAGUUGCUCGGUGAAGACAGUAGAUUAUAGAUCUAGCCAUGGGUAUCUCUUUUAUUCAAGUGCGCAGUUCAAUCAAGAAGUCAAAGGCAUCA